GGAAAGUACGGCCAAGAGUGUCGAAGGAGUGUUUAUGAUGGCGCUCUUUCGCUUCCAGCCCAAAGGGAGUGACCGGCGUAUACUGAUAAGGAGGCUGCGAAGCGGCGCCGUGAUUGAGGGCACAUCGGUCAGCGCGGUCGGCGUGGGUAGGCUUAGCCCACGUCGGGGCCUGCGGGGCCGACGGGCGAGACGGCGGGCGAGACGGCGGGGGCAUAGCGGGCUUGGUGAGCGAGCCGGGGCCAGCGGGGCCGGGACCGCGGCCUCUGCAGGUGCGAAGGCAAUGGCCAAGGGCGGCAAGGACGAGAACGGCAAGUCCAUCGCCGCCAAGAACAUGGGUGCGAAGGCAAUGGCCAAGGGCGGCAAGGACGAGAACGGCAAGUCCAUCACCGCCAAGAACAUGAGUGCGAAGGCGCGUGGGGCACGGGGCCACAUUUCAUGGCAACCGCUAUUCCUACUCGUGGAUGCCUGGUUGGAGGAGAACUGCGGGCAAGGGCGCCGCCCUCCAGGGAUAUGGGAGAAGGUGCUGCGGCAACUGCCUGAUGGCGCCCACCUCCCGCCCUCCAUCACCGGCGCCAUUCUGAAGAGUCGCUACAACACCAACAAGUGCAUCAAGGAGAAGAAGGAGAAGAAGGAGAAGAAGGAGAAGGAGGAGAAGGAGGAGUGAUGGGUGAUGGGUGAUGGUGAUGGUGAUGGUGAUGUGAUGGGCAAGUCUUAGCCCAGCUGAAGACGAGAGGGCUUGAUGCUGCGCAUGCGGCGUGCAUGCAUGCAUAGGGGCGCUUGGGCUGCGACGAGGUGGCGUGUCGGGCUGGAACCUAGGCGGAGGUGCGGGAAGGUGUUGUGGUGACAUGGGUAUUGGGUG